GCUCUGCCUGUUCUUCUUCUCCCUGAUGAGCCUGCUGGCCACGCACCUGGACCCGCAGGCCGCCCCCGGCUCGCAGCAGGCUCUGGGCGUCUGCGUCGAGACCCUGAAGUGCCUGGAGCGGCGGCGCCUGCCCUGGCUGGGGCUCUUCCGGCUGCCAGAGGCGGGUGGCUGCCUAGGAAGGGUCCUGCUGCGCCUGGCCCCAGACCCACUGCUCCGGCUGCUGCCCGUGGCCUUCUACAGGCUCAUGCCCCACAUUGACCACGACGCCCCGGUGGGCGAAGACGCCUUCCUGGCCUGGGCCUGCUCUGAGGGCGCCCUGCGGGGCCCCAGCUCCUGCCCUCCCGAGAGCUGCCCCACCUUUCCCCAGGACCCCUGGGGCAUCCGCUCAGAACAGGCCCGCCCCGAGCGAGCGCCCCGCUAG